UCAUCUUAUUGUGGAAUGUCUUCAUCGUCUACAUCCUUCAUUUCCUCAAGGCUACUUAUAUCGAGGAAAACACUCUGUCUGGUUGCAUGUGGGCUAACAACGUUUUUGUUUCAGGAUCCACUCACAUUCCAGGAUGUAACAGUGGACUUCUCCCAAGAGGAGUGGGAAUGCCUGGACACUACUCAGAGGGCUUUGUACAUUGAUGUGAUGUUGGAGAAUUACAGCAACCUGGUUUCUGUGGAGAACUAUUGCAAAUAUGAUCCUGUCCAUCAACAUGUGAAGACUGAAAAGGAGUCUUGUCAGUGUAUUGAACUUGGUAAAAUGGUUCAUGACCCCUGCACAUGUGCUUGUUAUAAAACAACUGAAACUCCUGAAAACUCCAAUAACUACAAGUGCAGUAAUCACAGGGACACCUUUAUUGAGUCUUCAAACCAACAUAGACAUGAAAGCAUGCAUACUGAAGAAGAACCUUGCAAAUCGAAAGACUGUGAGAAAUUAUUAAAUUUGAGUUCCAACCUUACUCAAGAUCAGAGAUUCUACACUGAAAAGAUAGAGCACAGGCAGAGAAAAUAUGAUGAUUAUUUCAGCUCUACAUACAGUCGUUUGCAACAACCAAUCUACCUUGGAGAGAAACUACAACAGUGUGAGAUAUGUGGGAAAUGCUUCAGUAAUUCCUCAAGACUCACUGUACAUCAGAAAAUUCAUACUGGAAAGAAAUCUUACAAAUGUAUGGAAUGUGACAAAUCCUUUACUUGGGAAUCACAUCUUAGAAUACAUCAGAGAGUUCAUACUGGAGAGAGACCUUACAGUUGUAAAGAAUGUGACAAAUCUUUUUCCUGUUACUCAAAUUUUAGAAGACAUCAGAGAAUUCACACUGGGCAGAAACCUUACAAAUGUAUGGAAUGUGACAAGUCCUUUAACCAAAACUCACAACUUAAAACACAUCAAAAGGUUCAUAUUAGAGAGAGAUCUUACAGAUGUAAGGAAUGUG